UACCAUACAAAACGGCAAAUCUCUCUCUCUCUCUCUUUUUAAAAUGUGUACUGUGUAAUCAUGACGGUGAAUAUUUUGUAACACAGGUCAGUGGGAGGAAAAGGUAUUACUGAAGAAUGUAAAAAUGUGUCCAUACUUUAAUUUCAAACUUUUUUUCAGGCAUAUUAUUCUGAUUGUCAUGCAUUUGUUCACAUCAACACAUCAAAACGCGGUCCCAAAUGUUGGACGGUAUGGAAAAUAAUUAAAAGUGCUAUUGUGUAACUGAAUAUACUUUAGGCAAAUUAUUUUAUAACAGUUCAACAAAAAGAUACAUAGCGAUGAAAAACAACUCACAAAAGAGUCUUGCUCAAAGGCCAUUAGUUUCAUAUUGAAUAUGACACUAGCACACUAAUACCUUUUUCUCCUCUCCUCUGUGUUUGAUUAUGUCUGGCAGUGUUUUUUUCUUAUUAUUAUUUUUUUAUUUACAGGUUGUAUUUUUUAAUUAGUUAUAAUGUUGUUGUUGUUGUUGUUGCUGUUUUUUUUAUUUGUUUCUAAAAUGAUUUUACAGCAGAGUAAUUCAUACGUGUAUUAAAUAACGCAAGUAUUUCCCCUCUCAGAAAAUGCAAGUGAUUCUGUUCAUCCAGGUUAAUGACUAUCAGUUGCUUUCAUUGCAAUAAAAUAAAAAUAGUUGACAAAUAUCUGAAUUCACGACUUUGAUCAGUGCAGUGUUCUUAUGCUACUCAUAUGUAAAACUUUAUUUAUGAAUUGAUAUAUGCUUUUUUGUAUGUAGCCAUGUAUGUAUUUAUGUUGUUACAUAUAUGCAACGUUUCAGAAUGUUGAUACUGGAGGCUAAAUUAAAAAAGUGCAUACUGCUAAGUGUCUAGACGUUUGUCGGCCGAAAUGUUGAGGUUGUUUUCGUUCGCCUUAGCUUGAAGCCUUCCCCUUUAAGAAUGACUCUCUCCAACUCUCUUAGCCAAUGCCUGUGCCCCGAAAACCGUAGAAGCCAGGCGUGAAACGUGAGCCAGUAGUUGUUUAAAGGGAUUAUUCUUCCCACCCACAGUCCAGUCUCUUUGGGCUAGUUAGCAUAUCACGUGCCUGCGCUUUAAUGAACUGGACACAUGGAUAUAGUCGUGCGCAUGCGCGUGCGUAAAAUGUAGUUGGAAAUGAGGUAUCAGUCUUGGAGUAGGCGACUUUUAAAAAGCAUCGGCAGCCCGUGAUAUGACGACUUCGCUGGUCCUGCAUCCACGCUGGGCGGACACCUUGAUGUACGUGUAUGAAAAAAGCCCGAAUGAAAAUAAUCAGAAUAAAAGUCAAAUUAUGGAAGGAUUGAGCGGGAAUUGCCCUGCGACUCAUUGCAGGGAACUGAUCUCACACCCCGCGCUGGGGCGGCAUUCCGGCACCAUAGCGACUCACCAGGGAUCCGUGUACUCGGAUAUAUCUUCCCCAGAAACUGGGCGACAGUGUCCCGCUCCUCAGACGUCAUCUAGUGCCUCUCUGAGUUACGGCUACCCCUUUGGAAACCCUUACUACGGUUGCAGAUUAUCUCACUCGCACAACGUGAACUUGCAGCAGAAACCAUGUUCAUACCAUCCAGCAGAAAAGUAUGCCGAGACGAGCAGCGCUUUGCCCGCGGAGGAGCUCUCCAGCAGGGCAAAAGAGUUUGCUUUCUACCCGAGUUUUGCCAGCUCGUACCAGGCAGUUCCAGGAUAUCUAGACAUGUCGGUGGUUCCCAGUAUUAGCGCGCAUCCCGAGCCACGUCACGAUGCAUUGAUCCCUAUGGAGGGCUAUCAACACUGGGCUCUGUCGAAUGGCUGGGAUGGGCAGGUGUACUGUUCAAAGGAGCAAACACAGUCUUCUCAUCUGUGGAAAUCUCCGUUUCCAGAUGUUGUUCCGUUGCAGCCAGAAGUCAGCAGUUAUCGGCGAGGGCGCAAAAAGCGUGUUCCCUACACCAAGAUACAACUGAAAGAACUGGAAAAGGAGUAUGCAGCAAGCAAGUUUAUCACCAAAGACAAGAGACGACGCAUCUCUGCGACAACCAACCUCUCAGAACGCCAAGUUACUAUUUGGUUUCAGAACCGCAGAGUGAAGGAGAAAAAGUUUGUCAGCAAAUCCAAGACUAAUAAUCACAUGCAUACUUGAUGCAUGUUUCGUUCUUUGUUUUUCCCCGCCAGCUUCUAUCCUUCCGUCCAGAAAGCCUGAUUUUUACCUCUGUUCAGAAAUCAUGAAUGAAGAACAUCCGGGCAGCCUCACGCCUAACCUGUCUUCUUUCACUUUAUUUAAUUUAAAACAUGCACACAGUACCAUAACCGCUCACUCUUUGGCUUUUUGGGCAUAUGAUACAAAACUGUGAAAAUACAGAAAGAAAAAAAAAAACAUUUCAACUUCGUCCUUUUCUAUGAAUGUACAUAUAUAAAUAAUAAAUAUUUAAAAUUACACAAAUAUCAAAGAGACACAUGGUUUACGUGCAUCUGAAAAUGAAAGGAGACGCGACCCUUCUGUAUCUCUUCAUAUGUGCGUCAAAGCCAACCAGCCAGCCAGCAGAAAACACUCGAGUGGCUCAACACGCACGAGAAGAGACAAAAAUAUAUAUCUAUCGGACACUUUGGAUGAAUCAAGACUUGUAUAAACUCUCAAAAGGCUGUAGCAAAUAUUGAACUGAGUCACGAAUAGAAAGCGUAAUUUGUUUUUCGUGGAGAAGAUUUUGCUAGAAUGAGCCUGCGAGACUUCAAAAGCUAAAUGGUUCACUGUGGGAUACAUUGCUUUUUAAUGCCGAGGGUAAACCAGGCUGCUAAUGUUAACUGUACAGUUUAAUGCUUCUAUUAUUUAAUUUAGAUUUCGCGUAUGACAGGUCUGUAAAAAAGGAAUGUUUCAAGAUCAUUUGUAUGUGUCCCUAUUAGCAGUGAAGGAUAUGACUCUGCCAUGCAACUGGAAUGAUUGUACGCAUUUAAAAAUCAUUUAGUAUUAAACAUUAAUGCACAACCUUUUUGUUUUUAUAUAGAAAUAUGUAUCGUAAAGCAUUGGAGCUGUUCACACAACUUGUCUGUAUCUCUUUUUGUGCAGUAUGUGAACUGUAUUGUGGUGUUCAAUUCCUAAAGUAAUGAAUUGAGACAUAUUUCAUAAAUAAAAAUGACAAUG